GUUCUGCUGCUUUCACUCUUCUGUUCAAACUUCGAAAUCCAAGUCGCAGUUGCGAAACCGCAACACAAACUGCGAUAGCGCCGCCCCGCACCGGGGCGAUAGCGGACGCGACGGCCGCUCCUUCAAUCCUCCCCGCAGCAGAGGUCAUUGUCGCGGCAAGGGGCCGCUCCGCUCCGGCGCGAUACUUAGAUUUGCAUUAGCAUCAAAUGAAUGCGAAUUUUGGGCCAGGGUUGGUAGUCCUAGCAGGACUGUCUACAGCAUAAGCUUUUGUCCGAAGCCUUUUCGUGUUAAUUUUGGUUGGUUGUUGAUUAAAUUGUCCUGGCUCCAUAUGUAUCUCAUGAAAUUUUCUGAUGAUUUUUUUCUGCUCGCUAAUAUCAUCCGUUCUUGACCUUGUUAUUGAUUAUUUUUUUCCGGGUUUGUUCUUUUACAUUGUUGUCUUGCUUGCUUAACAAUUUGCACGUGUAAUGUGUUGUUGAGUUUCUGGUUUAGGUGUUUAACAUGUUAACAUAGAUAAGCUGGGGCAAUAGGGGGCUGUACAGGAUUCAAGCUUUGAAUCUGAUAUGUUCCCUCAGCAACUUUAGGUAGUGAAUAUGAGCGUCUGGAAUUAUAUCCAGCGAGGUCCCAGCAAGCUUAGAAAUAGACUAUACACCUUAUUAGGACCUUCCAUCCACUUACUACAACAAUAUGCAACACUAUAUGCACUAAUUACUUAAGACUAAAGCCAUGAAAAUAAGUAUUGCCAGCAAUGUGUGUUUUAAAGAUAGCUAUAAGUUGAUCCUUAAUGCUCUUGCUGCCAUUUUUUUAAUAUGCUGGGAUUAUUUUUCUUAUUGUUAAUACUGAUUUUCUGUACAGUGAUGUAUGCACUCAUUUCUAUGUCUAAGAGUGUGUCGGGGAAUGGAUGUGACAUGGAAAGUCCCCACUCUCAGAACAGUCCAAGAAGAACCCUCAGUCUGUCGAAAAAGCGGAGGGCAACUGCGUCCUGUUUUGACCCUGAUGAGAUAAGCUCUGGCUUCGGAUUGUCUGGUGAUCAUGGCCCUAAGCCUUCUGAAGUUUAUGGUUUUGUAGGUUCUAUUACUACUGUUGUUGCUACAGUUAUUUUCUUGGUAUGGGCAUAUGUUCCAGAAUCAUGGCUACAAUCUGUUGGCAUCUCUUACUAUCCUAGCAGAUAUUGGGCUCUAGCAGUACCAACUUAUGUAAUGGUGACCAUUGUAUUGAUGCUGGGAUUCUACAUUGGCCUUAAUUUCAUUUCAACACCUUCCCCUGCAUCUUUAAACACAGUUUUUGAUGAAUUCAGUAGGGAUCCUUUGAGUCUCGAGUGUACCCUAGAAGAUGAGAAACCCAUCGAGCCCAUUUCAGAUAUUGGUAUUGACAGAAUCAAUGAUAUUAUGUUCAAAAAUAAUGCAGCCUAACAAUUAAACACAUCUCCAGUGAUUGGUGGGAGUCGCUGCCAAACAAGUGCUGCUAAUUUGGGUUCUUGUACGAGAGGUUAUAGCUAUUGGACGUGAAAUUGAUUUAGUUGAUUUUGUGAAAGAAUGAUUUGAUUCCAUCUUACUGUAUAAUUUCUUUUUAAUGUCAAUUUUUCGCUCCGGCUUUUUAGUGCUUAUGUCUGCUUAUUUCAGUAAACUUUGAACCUUGCUUAGUAUUCACAUAAGGAUAAAUUUUCCUUUUAUAUACUUCCGGAUGAAUGAAUUGUCAGGCCACGGUCAUAAUUAUUUAUUGAGUCUUGGAAUAAUGGAA